GGAAACCAUUUUUUGAGACUUCUGGUAGCAGCCGCGUAGUGACCGGUUUGACAGCUCCAACCGGCCUUGGGCCUCUUGAGGCUUAUCGUUGUGCAGACUGGAGCCUGCCCGGUACCGAGCUCUGGGGGCUGUGGGAUCCAGCAUAGUCCCUAUCCUGGGAAAUCUGCUCCCUAAUGUGGCUGUUGAAGUGCUUUUGUGCCUCAUAUCAUGUCUUUUUGUGUAUUCAAAUCCCAGAGUCUGCUGCAGCAAGAAAGAACUGCCGGCGAAAACUCCUCAGCAAGUCUUAUUGCUUCAGGCUAAAGAGGCAAUCUAAAGGGAGGAUGUCGGAGCUGAGCGACGAAGCCAGCGAGUCGGAGCUGCUGAGCCGCAGCCUGUCCAUGUGGCACGGGGUCGGGCAGAUGAUCUGCAGGGAAGAGCUGGACGUUCCCCUGGACUUGCAUACGGCCUCCUCUGUCGGGCAGUAUGAGGUGGUGCAGGAGUGUAUUCAGCGUGGAGAUCUGGAUUUAAAUAAGAGGAACUGUGGUGGCUGGACUCCACUGAUGUACGCCUCCUACAUCGGCCACGACACCAUCGUCCACCUGCUGCUGGAAGCGGGAGUGAAUGUGAACAUCCCAACCCCAGAAGGGCAGACACCACUCAUGCUGGCCUCCAGCUGUGGAAAUGAAAGUGUUGCUUACUUUCUCCUACAGCAAGGCGCAGAGCUGGAGAUGAAGGACAUCCAUGGUUGGACUGCCUUAUUUCACUGCACCAGCGCUGGACAUCAGCAGAUGGUCAAGUUUUUACUGGACAAUGGGGCAAAUGCCAACUGCAAGGAGCCUGUGUAUGGAUAUACGCCUCUGAUGGAAGCAGCUGCUUCUGGCCAUGAGAUAAUUGUUCAGUACCUUCUCAAUCAUGGAGUGAAGACAGAUGUCAGAGAUAACACUGGAGCCACAGCACGGACACUGGCCAUGAAAUAUGGACAUACGAAGAUCGUGGGGCUGAUAGAUUUGCACGCAGCCCCAGUGCCCAAGGUCUUCUGCAGGGGUCCAGGAAAAUAUGAAGAGCUGAGUUCCUCAGAUGAAUCCUGUUCUGCUCCCCAGAGACAGAGACCUGUUCGUAGGACCAAGGGUCCCAGCAUCCAUGAUGGGCCCCAGGCUUUGGCCAAGAUAACAGCGGUUGGGAUCGGGGGAAAGAAGCAGUCCCGCUAUGAGCAGGUCCCUCCUCAGGGCUACGUUACCUUCAAUGAUGAUGGCAGCUGUGAAGCAGACAAUAUCCGGAACCGGGACGUUACCUCGCCAAUUAACGAGCAGGAUGUGGAGAGCAGCAGCAGCAGGGAGGAUAAUGUCUUCUUCACUAACAACUUAACAACCGUCAGGAGCAGCAGCAGCAGCAGUGAAUGCCUCCCCAAAGCCCUGGGGGUCAGCAGCGAAGGUUCCUUGGAAAGCAACGAGGAUUCUGACCAUGCAAACAGUCCCCCUUCUCGGAAACAAGCCAAGAGCUUUAAGAUCAAGAAUCGCUACAGCAACAGUGACAGCCAGUGGACCCACUGCCCAGGGAAAGCUGGGGGCUCUGCUCAGCACCUGAUCCUUCCUGAGCCCCCUGCCUAUACGGGGCCCCAGGACCUGGCGACGUUCCUCGAGCAGAUUGGGUGCCUGAAGUACCUGCAAGUGUUUGAGGAGCAAGAUGUCGACCUCCGGAUCUUCCUCACCCUCACAGAGAGUGAUCUGAAGGAAAUAGGCAUCACUCUGUUCGGACCCAAGAGGAAGAUGACAUCUGCCAUUGCCCGGUGGCACAGCAACGCUCGGCCGCCCAGCGAUGCCCUGGAGCUGGCCUACGCGGACCGGCUGGAGGCCGAGAUGCAGGAACUGGCCAUUCAGCUGCACAAGAGGUGUGAAGAGGUGGAGGUGAUGAAGGGCCAGGUGUGCCAGGAGCAGAAGCUACGUGCGGUGGCUGAGAGCUGCUUGAUGGAGCGGGAUGAGACCUGGAAUGCCAUCCAGUGCCAGCUCAGAGAGGCACAGGCCAUCACGGAGGAUGCUGGAGUCCUACUGGAUCAGAUCAAAUGCUGUCAGGCAGAGCUGUCCUCCCGGCUGGCACCGGAGCAGGCGGUCGGCAGAGCCCUGGACACAACGGCGCAGCUGGGAACCGGAGAGAGCAGGCGGCCUGGUGAGCGGCCAGUGCUGGAAGGAUGGCCACCUUCCUUGAAGUCGCUGAGCCUGCCUGAGCUGUCAGCUGUCCUGGAGGAGCGUGUGGGAGAAAUGGGAAAAGCUCUGCAGACUGUGACUCAAAACCUCCAAAGGCUCCAAGCCCCGGGGCAGAGCGGGCAGAGCUGGCUAGAGCCGUAAGGAAGCAGGAGGAAUACUGACGUCGGGUGACACUUCCACCCGGAAGCUGAGUGUGCCUGGGAGAAUGAGCGCGAGGGCCGUGCCGGCAGCACCGCAGCGCUGCUGAAGGUGCCACAGCAGCUGGUGGACACAUGGAAAAAAGGUCUCGGCCGUCGGAGAAGGUGCCUGGGAGAACGAGGGACAGCAGAAGACAACAACCCAGCAGCAAUUGGGGCCUGACUUCUUUCUGGGUUCCUGGGAUCGCUGCUGUUCAUACCCAAAGGUUGGGUUAAGAGGAGAAGCACUGAACCCAAAAGGUUUAUCUGCCUUAAGCUUCCUGCAGCCCUUGUCAUUCAGGGCUGUGUGGUGUUAGAAAGCUGAUGGUUUCCCACAGCAAUCCAUUACCCUUUUUUCCACAUCCUAUAUUCCUCCAAGACCUCUGACGCUUGCCCUGACCCCUUCUGUGCUGUGUGGCUUGGUCAGGAGGUGACCCAAAAAAUGUACCUGAGGCAAUAAGGGAGGGGGGUUUGCUGUGGGUGGGUAAAGUGAGUAGAAUUUAUAAUGUUUGGCUCGUUGAAUUGUGGUGAAAUUCAUGCAGCCUGACUCUGUAACCCUCCUGCCAUCCCAAAUCUCUGCUUCAGAACCUCUCCCUCCAACCAGCCCACCCUGCUUGGGUUCGGAUUCCUGCCCCCCCUCGGGGGCUGUUUGAUCAUGUUAUUCAGUCCCAACCAACUGUUUUUUGUGGCCAGUGCUUUAUGGCAGAGGCUCUGUCUGGUUUGUCAGUGCCAAGAACCCAACGCUGCCAGUGGUUGCGAGGCAGAUGUUCCUCUGGAAGGACAUGAGAGGGGGAAAAAAAGAGCUCGAGACGGUUCAGUCUCCUGUGCCUCAAGGCAGAGCCAGAGCAGAGGGACAGAUCUGUCCCACAUGGGAGAGGGACAAAAGAAAUCCCACCCCAGCUGGAGCUGCAGUGUAUAUUUGGUCUUCAACCACUGCCUGCCUUUGGUUUCUAGGCUCUAGUGUUUGGAAAUAGCUCUGCUGAGGCAUUUUUGUGUUGGGGAUGUGGGUGUUUUUCAAAGGUGCAGGAAGAAGCUGCCUCCCCAGAGAGACUGUUCCAUCUCUUGGAGCUGGGGGAGCGGCCAUAAGGGCUCUGGUGACAGUUACAUUGAUGUAAAACUGGUUUCCAGUGACUUUGUUCCUCUCUUUUGCCAAGUCCUGGGGGUGCAGAAAAACCAGCAGCAAAAGCUGAAGUCUGUGAGUCUGGAAAAGUGGUGGUGGUUUUGCUGGGAAGGGGAAGAAACUGGGUGUUCCUUCUGAGUUUAAUUUUUUGGACCUUGAUCACAGAUGCCAAAACAUAUAGAUCCCUUCUGGCUUCAUCCCUUGAGCUGGUCACCCUUUCCCAGCAGCUCCCUGGGACUGGGCAGGCUGGAAAGCUGUGUUUGGGGAAGGUGAUGCCUCCUUUGACUGUUCCACUGAACUGGGGGACAGAACUGGGUCACCCAGGCAGGUAUGGCCUGCUCUGAUGUGAUCCUGCCCCACUGGUGGCUUGUGUGGGCCUGGCAGCUGCUUCCUAUUCACGUUUAACUCUUAAACAUCAUUAGGCAUGGUAAUUUUUUUCAUCAUUAGCAGAUAACAUGGGUGUUGUGCACAUGGGCAUCUGGUGGGGUGGCAGGAGUGGGACAAAGCUGCAGAAUUCUCCUUGAAAAAUCAGUUCUCCUGAGGUUGGAGCAUCCCUGAAAGCUGCUUGGAGUAUCGAGGUGGUGCUGGGAGGAGCAUCUGGGGCUUUGGCCUUCAUUUCCCCUUGCUGGAGGAAUGGUGGGGAGGUGUCUGUACUAGCACAGGGCUGUCCCUUGGAAGCCCAGACUUGAAUUCAAGGCAAGAAAAGGGGAAAAAUUUUCAUAGAAGAAAAAAAAAUAUAUAUAUAAAAAUAAAACCACCCAGAAAACCCAAGUGAAAGGGACUGGGAGCAUUGGGAGAGAAGGGGAAGCCCUGGCUCAGCAAUGCCUUCAGG